CCUCCCCCGUUUAUACUUCCUGUUUUCUAAGGGAGUCUCUUAACUCAGAUCAUUACUGCUCAUCAGGGCUUAGCUAUGCCUUUUUUCCUCUCCCGGUAGUUUUUUUUUUUUUUUAACCGAUCUCUCGUGAGUCGUGGUCUCUCAAGACGUGAGCCGUAUAUCGACCGCGAGACAUCAACACAUAUACUCCGCUUUAGAUGGAGGUCGCGGGGCUCAACUCAUUCGUGUCUACGACUGUGAUGGAUUUUACGUAGUUUUGUUCUUGUUGUUGUUUUUAUGCAUGUUUUUACUGCCUUCUUGGUCGUUUUAUUUUAAUUUCUCUCUUUCGGUUUCCUCCUCUGCCCACUGUCCGGCCUCGACCGCUCCUUUAACUAAAGUAACAAUGUAACAAACUCGAUCGCUCGUUCGUUUUAUCUUCCGCCGAGCGCUUUCGCCGCUUUAAAGUUUGACGGUGUCGUCACGUCAACGCGUAUUUAUUCGCCAAACUUUACGAUGGCCGAGCUGCAGCGGCCGACGCUGUGCUGCUGUCGGAAAGUGCUGACUGUGCCCGGUAAGUCCUGCGAGGGCGGCCGGAGUCUGGCUCACUGUCGCCUGGUGGACGUCGCGUCGGCGUCCAACUUCCACAGCUUUAAACUCCGACAUUUCCAUCUGGACCUCCACCUGAACUUCGCCAUCAAGAGGAUAAUUGGGUGGCAGGUUCUGGAGCUCACACCCGUUCAGUCCGGUGUUCAGUCUCUCAUUUUGGACACGCAUCCUUCGCUAUUAAUUCAUUCCGUGGACUGUAAGGUGCCCGGUGCCUCCGGUGCUCCUGAUGUGUUUCUGUCGCUCACCUACAGAGUGGAGCCGUUCACCGAUUACGGGUCCUCGCUGAACAUCAGCCUCCCGGCCGUCGUGAUCCGGCCACACCGGGCGUUCCGUGUCACCAUACGCUACACCACCACAGACGGCCCUGCGAUCUGGUGGCUGGAUGCAGAGUUGACAUGCGGACAAACUCGUCCAUUGGUCUUCACUCAGGGUCACUCUGUCUGCAAUCGGUCAUUCUUUCCUUGCUUUGACACGCCAACUGUCAAAAGCACCUACUCUGCAACUGUCCGUGUACCAGAGGGUGUCACAGUGUUGAUGAGUGCCUCAAGAAGUGCAUACUCUAAACAGGGCAAGGUUUUCCAGUUCUCCAUGGAGUACCCUGUCCCAGCCUACCUUGUUGCCCUGGUCGCAGGAGACCUUCAACAUGCAGACAUUGGGCCAAGGAGUCGUGUGUGGGCUGAGCCUUGCAUUCUGACUUGUGCAGUCAGUAAGCUAGGUGGCAGUGUGGAGCGCUGGCUCAAUGUUGCAGAGGGGCUUUUUGGGCCUUAUAUUUGGGGAAGGUAUGACAUAGUGUUCCUUCCUCCUUCCUUCCCCAUUGUUGCCAUGGAGAACCCUUGUCUUACCUUCAUCAUUUCCUCCAUACUUGAGAGUCAGGAAUUUCUGCUGAUUGACGUCAUCCAUGAAAUUGCUCACGGCUGGUUUGGCAAUGCUGUCACCAAUGCUACCUGGGAAGAGAUGUGGCUCAGUGAGGGUCUGGCCACUUAUGCUCAGAGACGAAUUACAACAGAGGCCUUUGGAGAAGCUUUCACCUGUCUUGAGACUGUGUUCCGUUUAGAUGCUCUUCACAGACAGAUGCGUCUUCUUGGAGAUAACAACCCUGUCAGUAAGCUGCAGGCAAAAUUUGAGCCAGGUGUAAACCCCAGCAGUCUAAUGAACCUUUUCACUUAUGAGAAAGGCUUCUGCUUUGUUUCUUACCUCUCACAGCUGUGUGGUGACAUCAAGACAUUUGACAGUUUCCUUAGGGCUUACAUUGAGAAGUUCAGGUUCAGCAGUGUCGUCGCUCAGGAUCUGUUGGACUUCUUUCUUGGCUUCUUCCCUGAGCUGAAGGAGAGCUGCGUCGCUCAACGAGAGGGCCUGGAAUUUGAACGUUGGCUAAACGGCUGUGGUCCUCCGUUAUGUGAACCAGAUCUCUCGGCGGGUGGGGCUCUAACAGGUCCUGUCCAACAUUUGUGUGACCUCUGGGGCACCGAUGCCCCUGACCCCCAGGUGAUUGCAAACUUUGACCUCUCCACCUGGAGCACCUUCCAGACUGUCCUCUUCCUGGAUCGACUUCUUGACCGCUCACCUCUGCCUCAAGAGGUGAUGAGCCUUCUGUCAAGCUGCUACUCUGCAUUGUUGGAUGACAUGAACGCUGAAGUCCAGAUUCGAUGGCUGCAGAUCGUAGUGCGGAACAGCUUUUAUCCCGAUCUGCCUCGAGUUCGCAGCUUCUUGCAUAAACACACCUCACGGAUGUACACUGUGCCCUUGUAUGAGGAUCUGUGUGGUGGAGUGAUGAAGUGUUUUGCCGUGGAGGUAUUUUAUCAAACUCAGGCCUGUUUGCACCCUAAUCUACGCAGGACUCUUCAGCAGAUACUGUUCCAAAGUAGUGCCCUCAACACCAGCACAUCCCCUUCUCUGCUCACAUCUUCACCUUCCGCCCCCUCCUCGCCCACGGACUCACCACCCACCAAUGGGACCAUCGCACUGCGAGAUGUCAAUGUGUCCGCUUGAAUUCAAAACAGUACUGGAAGCAUCUGUGGAGAAGCCGAAGAAUUGAGCUGAAACCAGUAGGGACUGAACAGGACUUGAACUCCCUGGCUGACACUCUCUCCAACACUGGGAUGUCUUUUUAAAAAUGCAGACACUGAUAUUCAUAAGCUAAAAAAAAAAGCUGCUCAGGGUUGUGGAACAAAGUUGAGGACUGAUGUCAUGUAUCUUGUAUAUGAGGUUGAGGCCUAUUAUGCCACGAUCCGAGAGUUUGUGUGUGCUCGCACUAAUGGAUAAAGGUAUGUCUGUAUUUAGGAAAAUGGUUGCCAUUUGUAAGCCAUUAACAUUUUGAGUGCGUGUGAAUGUGUGUCUUUGUUAAUUUGUGUGGGUGUUCUGCAUAUGUUCCUCUGGCCUUUGCACAUCAUCUAAUUUGUUGUGUUUGCAUUCAUGAUCCAUUUAUUUGUUCUCCAAAACAACUGAGGAAUCAAGUAGAGGACUUGACGAGAUUUCCAAGAAUCUCAAUUGCAUUAAUUAAUGCAGAAGUGUUCUGUGGAGGACCAAUCCCUUGUGAGUCCCCUUCCCUUACAGUGUUAGAGAACUGUCAUGAAUGCACAUUUCUACUCGUUACCCAAAAAUGGCCUGAUGAAGACCCUACUUCACACAUUCUCAGCCUUUGAUAAAUGGACUGUUUCCUUUUCAUUUAAUUCUACUAACUGGAAUUUGUUUCUCACCCUUCUCUUUCCUGGUGCUAACCCCUCAGCGUUGAGUCUCAGGGAUAUCAAGACAGAAGAGGUGGAGACAUGUUAGUGCCUUUCAAAGCUUUAACCACUGGGUGUUUUUAACACUGCUGUCUACAUAGCCUGUAUUUGUUAUUUGAGCCAUACUUGGGUGACGUUGGUGACCAUCAUCCUAGAAAACGUACAACAUGUGUUAGAUGUUCUUUUCAGGAAAUGAGACUCUGUGGUAAGAUGAUUGUUUUUCAUGAAAGCGAUGUGUUUCACUACUUUUAAUUUUUGUUAAUCAGUGUAUUUCCCUUUAAUUAGUAAUUGAGAAGAAAGCAACAGUUUGAUUUGUGAAAAUGCAGUGAGUUAUUUUGGGGCUCAGGGUGGAGUUUCAGGUGGGCAGAUCCACGCUGAUCAUCAUUGGCCUUAAUGACCAGAACAAAGGUGACUGGUCAAAUUUUAUAGGUAGUACUGUAAAUGAAAUCUGUGUGCAGUUUGUGUUAUGUCUGAGGUUCCCACCUUGGAAUUCAUCUUCUUGCAUCAGAGGUCAUAUGACACACUCAUCAGCAAGUGAAAUAGGUUUGUUAAAUUAUAGAACCAUGGCUAUUGUGACUUGAAGAUUUAAACAAUGUGUGGCCAAAAUAAAAAUGUUUUCCCACCUAA